AUGACAGACAGUCGUUUUAUUCCUGAAGAUCUCAUAUUGAAUAUUAUUUUAAGGUUGCCGGUUCAAUAUGUUAUAGUAUGUAGAUCAGUUUGCAAAAAAUGGAACUUUAUGCUAAGAAGUCAUAAUUUUAUUUCUCUAUAUGAUAACUACCGAGCAUGUAGAAAAGAAAACUAUAAGGAGAAUGGAUCAUCUUUCAUCCUCCUUCGAUUCGAUACAGAAUUGUACAAGGGAUAUACCAACUCCAUGCUUCCUCAUCAAUUCCCUGAUGUCUUGAUUUCAUUUCUUACAGUAAAGAAAAAGUGCAACGAACUAAUAGCCACGGUUGAUAAAGAGAGAAAAGCUGAUGUCCCCUUCUCAUCAGCAAUGAUUACAAACUUGAGAAGAUCUUAUCACUCUCAUUCAUUUAGGUUAAACAAUGUUUAUAACGGAAUUAUAUGUAUGUCGAAUGAGAUGGACAUAGUUUUGGUUAACCCCUCGACUAGAGAAUCUCAAAGGUUACCUUUCUCACCCUUUUCAUACCCAGAUGCUGACUUGACCGAUUCUUAUGUUUUGGGUGUUUGGUUUGAUCAUCAUCAGUCCAAUUCAAAUCUGCCUCCUCAAGGAUCCCUAAAACAUUACAAAGUUUUUAGGGCGGUUAUUCUCCUUACCGGACAACUUUAUCAUUAUUAUGACGAAUUUGAAGACAUAAAUAUAGUGUUUGAGAUAUAUGAUUCUAGGGAGAAUUGUUGGAGGAAAAGCAAGACAAUGUGUGAAUAUAUGAGUAGUUGGAACCACUUGUUAUUCAAUGGAGUUUUUCACUUACCUAUUGUUGACAAGCAUAAUUCAUUGAUCACAUUGGAUGCAAAAUCAGAAAUGUUGGGAAGCCUUCCAUUGCCAUCUGAAAUCAAUCUUAUGUUUAACAACGCAGUACCCUUGUAUAAUCUUAGGGGAUCUCUAGCCUUGUUAGUAGAUAUUCCAACCAGUCUUACCGAUAUAUGGUUGAUGAAUGAAUAUGGGGUCAAACAAUCAUGGACAAAGCAAUACACUAUAGAAUUUGAUGUUACCUUGAAUCAACUUCAGUGUAGGCCGAUAACGUUUUGGAAAUACAUGGACAAGGAAGAGGAGGAGGAUGAGUUGUUCCUUCAAAAUACUGAUGGAAAACUCGUCUCUAUUAACCUUGUUACUAAGAAAAUUACAAAUUUUGAAUUGUAUGGUAUUCCCAAUUCAAUGAUGAUUGUACCUUAUAUUGAAACAUUACUUCCUCUAUAG